AUGAUCGCCAACCUUGCCGCGGCCCUCCCCCUCCUGGCCGUCGCCAAGGCCGCCACCAUCGAGCACUGGUGGAACAUCUCGUACGCUACUGCCAACCCCGACCAGCUCUUUGAGCGUCGCGUCAUUGGUGUCAACGGCUCGUGGCCUCCUCCCAUCCUCUACGCUACCCAGGGUGACACCCACCUGAUCCACGCCUACAACGGUCUUGGCGAUGACAGCAUCCCCACUGCCCUCCACGCCCACGGCAUGUUCUUCAACGGUACCACCUACUAUGACGGUGCUACCGGUGUUACCCAGUGUGGUAUCCCCAGCGGCGAGACCCUCGACUACUACAUCGACACGUCGCUCAACAAGGGUACUUACUGGAUCCACGGCCACUACAACGGCCAGUACGUCGACGGUCUCCGUUCGCCCAACAUCAUUCUCCCCAAGGCGAACCGUACCGACAAUGUCACUUGGGACGAGGAGUACACUGUGAUUGCUUCCGACUGGUACCACCGUCAGCACCAGGACAUGCUUGACAACGACUUCCUCCACUGGACCAACCCCACUGGUGCCGAGCCCGUUCCCGAGUCUGCCGUCAUCUACAUUGCCCAGGGUGACAAGUACCUCAACACGAACGAGGAGAUCUCGUCGGGUGUUGGUGUCAGCGACAACGCCGUCAUUCCCUUUGCUGCCGGCAAGAGCUACCGUCUCCGUAUCAUCAACAUGGCUGCCCUCGCCAUGUUCUACAUUGCCAUUGACCAGCACGACAUUUACGUUAUUGAGGUCGACGGUGUCGAGGUCGAGCCCUACCUCAUGGACGUCCUCACCAUCUCGGUCGCCCAGCGUUACUCGGUCCUCGUCCAGGCCAAGAACGAGACCAACACCAACUACGCCAUGAUGUUCAUGCAGUCCGAGGACAUGUACGACACCGUCCCCGAGGACCUUGUCCUUAACAACACUGUUCAGAUCCAGUACGCUUCGGCCAACGCCAACGCCACUGAGGUCAUCUACGACGACAUCCCCACCAUCAACGACACCGACUUCCGUCCCAUUGAGAUCAUGGCCUCGGCUCCCGCUGACGUCGAGUUUGUCAUGCACGCCUACUUUGACACCUUUGACGACGGCACCAACCGCGCCUCGUUCUCGCUCGACGGUGGCUACCAGAACAUCACCUACCAGACGCCCAAGGUCCCCACCCUCUUCACCGCCGCGUCGAUGGGCAACGACUCGUACGACACCGACAUUUACGGCCACAUGACCAACGUCAUGACCUACAAGCACAUGCAGAACAUCCAGCUCACCCUCUUCAACUGGGACGCCGGAUUCCACCCCUUCCACCUCCACGGUCACGAGUUCCAGGUCAUUGAGAAGUCGUUUGACGUCACCUCGGACGACGAGGUCAUCAACCCCCAGACCGUCGACAUUCAGGCCAACCCUGCCCGUCGUGACACCAUCACCGUUCCCCCCGGAGGCAAGGUCGUUCUCCGCUGGCGCGCCGACAACCCCGGUGCGUGGUUCUUCCACUGCCACAUUGACUGGCACCUGUCGUCUGGUCUUGCCGCCGUCUUCGUCGAGGCCCCCGAGGUCCUCCAGGCCAACAACACCAUCCCCCAGGUCAUGUACGACCAGUGCACCAAGAUGGGCCAGAAGUCGACCGGCAACGUCGUCGGCCUCAACUCGACCACCGACUUUAGCGGCCAGCCCUGGGGUCCCUUCCCUCUCAAGAUGAACUGGACCCCCAAGGCCAUUGGCGCCCUUGCCGGCUGCAUCAUCACCUUCCUCGUCGGCUUUGCUACUAUUGUCUGGUACGGCCACGGCGGUCUCUCGGAGGAGGAGCUCGAGGAGGAGGUCCGCCACGCCGUCGACCAGAAGCAGAAGAAGAUUCCCCUUUGGAAGAAGGUCGUUGGCGGCUCCAACACCAACUAA